AUGAGGAGCGAGCCCGUUCUCUUCACUUUCAGCCGCGCCAUGGAGGAGCUGGUGGGGGAGCUGCGUCUCUUCCUGGACCUCCUGGACCGGGAGUACCUCAGCGCAGGCAUCAGAGAGAAGAAGACCCAUCUGUCCAACAUCCUCAAGAGAGUCCUGGCCGACAAAGAGCCCUCCUUCAAAUCCGACCUCCACAACGGCCUCCCGGCGCCUCCCCAGAUGCCCCUCCCAGAGAUCCCCCACCCCUGGCUGCCUCCAAAUCAUGGUCCACCCCCUCUACCCAGCUCCUCGCUCCCAGAAGGUUACUACGAAGAAGCUGUCCCUCUGAGCCCCGGGAAGGCCCCUGAAUACAUCACAUCCAAUUACGAUUCUGAUGCCAUGAGCAGUUCUUACGAGUCGUACGAUGAAGAGGAGGAGGACGGUAAGGGUCAGAAGACACGUCACCAGUGGCCGUCAGAGGAGGCGUCCAUGCACCUGGUGAAAGACGCCCGCAUCUGUGCCUUCCUGCUGCGCAAGAAACGCUUCGGACAGUGGACCAAACUCCUGUGUGUGAUCAAAGAUAAUAAACUGCUGUGUUACAAGUCGUCUAAGGACCACGCCCCGCAGAUGGAGCUCACCUUAUCCGGCUGCAGCAUCACUCACAUUCCCAAAGACGGCAAAAAGAAGAAGCACGAACUCAAGAUUGUCCACCAGGGGGCAGACGCGCUGGUGCUGGCUGUUCAUAGCAAAGAGCAGGCGGAAGAAUGGCUGAAGGUGAUGAGAGAGGUCUGCGCCAACGGCCACGUGGAGGGAGACCCCACGAGAUCUGCCUCCCCCAUCUUUAAACCAGACUUAGAAAAGAAGGCCUCGUACGACAGGCCGAGCUCGGACGGAGAAGCUCCACACGAGAACGGGCUGGACUGCAAAGAACAAGGGAAGGGGAAGAAGAGCUCAAAGUCGGAGCAGAAGAGCGGGACAGUGGGACGUGGAGCUGGGAUGAAGAUCACAAAGAUCAUGGGUCUGGGGAAGAAGAAGCCGUCCACCGACGAGCAGACGUCCUCGGCUGAAGAGGACGUCCCCACGUGUGGAUACUUGAACGUUCUGUCCAAUAACCGGUGGCGUGAGCGCUGGUGCCGGCUGCGGGACAACCAGCUGCUGCUGCAUAAAGACCGGGACGACCUGAAGAGCCACAUGGCCUCUCUGCCUCUGAGGGGGUGUGAGGUGUCCCCCGGCCUGGACCACAAACACCCCUUCGCCUUCCGCCUGCUGCGCAACGCCCAGGAGGUGGCAGUGCUCGAGGCGUCCUCCUCUCAGGACAUGGGCCGCUGGUUGGGGGUCCUCCUGGCUGAGACCGGCUCCACCACGGACCCGGCCACGCUCCACUACGACUACAUCGAUGUGGAGACUACGGCUAACGUCAUCCAGCUAGCCAAGCAGUCCUUCUGCUUCACCAGUAAACGUGCGGUGUCUCCGGUGAACGGUUACUCCUGUCCCACGGGGAUGGCCCUGCACUACGACGACGUCCCCAUCAACGGAAUGCAGCAGAGCAGACGGGGUCCAGCCACGAACGGCGUGAGCUCCAAGCAGAAGUCGGACGCCAAGAACCAGAGCAAGAAGAAUGGUGUGAACGGUGUGAGCGCCACCAGCGGAGCCUCCACUCUGAGACGGAACAGCUCCAGCUCGGAGCAGUACAAGUACGGGAAGAACCGUGUGGAGGCCGACGCCAAACGCCUCCAGGCCAAAGAGGACGAACUGAUGAAGAGGAAGCAGGACAUCAGGAGCCACCUGAGCCAGCUGAAGAAGGAGCGGAAGGACCUGCGCGCCGCCCUGGAUGCUGCCACUGGUAAACGGUCGCAGUCGUCUCUGACCGAGCGGCUGAAGAAGGUGGAGGAGGAGUGUCGUCUGAAGGAGGAGGAGCGAGUGAACCUGGAGCUGGAGAUGACGGAGGUGAAGGAGAGUCUGAAGAAAGCCCUGAGCGGAGGAGUCACUCUGGGACUGACCAUCGAGCCCAAGACCUCCUCCUCAGCCCUGCAGUCUCCUGUAGCGGUGCGCCGUGCUCACAGCUCCACAGCGCCCUCUGCUGGUGAGUACCGGGACUGCGCCUCAGACAGUGGGCUCCUCCCGGUGAACAGCGCGUCUCUGCUGCGGAGACACGCGGCCCAGAAACCUGCGACCGCCAGAGGUCACGUGCUCCGCAAGGCCAAGAAUCCUAAAUCUCUGAAACAGCAGGGCUCGGAGCAGUACAAGUACGGGAAGAACCGUGUGGAGGCCGACGCCAAACGCCUCCAGGCCAAAGAGGACGAACUGAUGAAGAGGAAGCAGGACAUCAGGAGCCACCUGAGCCAGCUGAAGAAGGAGCGGAAGGACCUGCGCGCCGCCCUGGAUGCUGCCACUGGUAAACGGUCGCAGUCGUCUCUGACCGAGCGGCUGAAGAAGGUGGAGGAGGAGUGUCGUCUGAAGGAGGAGGAGCGAGUGAACCUGGAGCUGGAGAUGACGGAGGUGAAGGAGAGUCUGAAGAAAGCCCUGAGCGGAGGAGUCACUCUGGGACUGACCAUCGAGCCCAAGACCUCCUCCUCAGCCCUGCAGUCUCCUGUAGCAGUGCGCCGUGCUCACAGCUCCACAGCGCCCUCUGCUGGUGAGUCCCGGGACUGCGCCUCAGACAGUGGGCUCCUCCCGGUGAACAGCGCGUCUCUGCUGCGGAGACAUGCGGCCCAGAAACCUGCGACCGCCAGAGGUCACGUGCUCCGCAAGGCCAAGGAGUGGGAGGAGAAGAGCGGGACCUAA